AGGAUUUCGUCCGACAAGCGUUGCCGAUUUUGACGGCACGAAAGACUAUGAAGUAUGGUGGCACGGCGACGACAGUGUCUCCGGUGGCUAUUAUGAAGCUAAGGUGCUCCACAUGACAGAAACGUUGGAGGAAAUGGAAAUGUUCCAAAGUAAGAGGCCCAGAAAAACAAUGAACCUCAAUGAAACGAAAGGGAAGAAGAGGACGAAAGGGAAGGCUGCACCUUCAACAAAGCAGCUUCGCCUCGAUACGCAAGGUGCGAUUGAGGCAGCCCUGGCUGCCCAUAUUGAGCAGGAGAGCCCGUCCAGCUGUAUGUGUUGCAGCGAUGGCUGCGAUAUACGGGCUGAGCUCGAAAAAGCAGAAGCAGAAAAUGCUGACCUCAAAAAGGAGCUGCAUGAACAGAACGAAAGCUUCCUCAAGAAAAUUGAGAAGUUGAAGGCCAAAUUAACUGAAGCUCGGCAGCUUAAUUCGGUGCUUCAAAAUGCAGUUGCGUCCAAGAUUUUUGAGAGUGAGACCAAGAUGAUUUACGCAAGGUCACUGGAUGUGGUGGUGGGGGCAGAAGUUCCUGUACCCUCACGGAUAUCAGGGCAGGAAGCAAAAGGCAAGCUACAUAUAUGGUUCAUUUUCCAAGUUCAGUGUUUGUCUUCAUCUUACUACUAUUGCAGCAAAUUUUUUUUUACUUCAUUAGCAAAAGCCAGGCACCUGCAUUUAAUGUCUACAGUUAAAUUUUGACCAUUAGAUAUAUUGGCAAAAAGGAUGCAUGUUGUUAGAUUCUGGGAUGAAAACAUUGCAGACAUUUUAAAUAAACUUUAUAUUGUGCAUUGCAGCUGUUUACGCAUGGGAUAUAGCCUCCUGAAAUACAUGUCAAACCAGUCAUCCUAGAGUAUGUAUAUGCGGUUAGCUGCUGCCAGUUCACUUUACAGGGCUCGUGGUAGCUUGUUGCAGGGCAAGUGUAGUCACAAGCCAGUUAUGUUCUUUCUGCAUUUUAU